AUGCUUUCCCUUCCCGUCCUGGGUGAAGUCCAGUUUGACGUCCAUGGUAUCAGCGCUUGGCGACUACUUCUACGUGCCGAAGCAGAAGCUCUCAAGGAUCAUCCCUCCUUCGGGCCUCCGAAGUACACUGAUAAGCUGGUUGGAGUCCGAGUCUUGGGUUUCUCCUUGAGAGAUUUUUGGGACCAUAACAGUGAACAUUUGUUCGUAUCAACUAUUGCAUACGAGCAUCUACUGCUGGAUAUAAGGUCUUGCUUUUCUGUUGAUGGUGUCGCCGUAGGGAGCAAAGAAGAAGAAGAAGCUCAGCACGCCAAGGUCUACAAACUGGGUCUACAUUAUAGAAAUAACCUCAUGCGCGUUUUUCGCUUUAACACGGGACCUACGCCUCCAUCUAGUGCUCAUGCAUCGCCUCCUUCCUUCGAGAAACACAAGGAAGUGAUCCUCUCCGCAAUGGUCAAUGCCCCCGGAACCAAGGGAGAAGCCAAAAAACGCGCCCUUUUGCGUGAUGGUUACAAGUGUAUGAUCUCUGGCGCAUACGACUAUGACUCCUGCCUGAAGUAUCCCGAGAUUGAAGAGCUUGCAGCCAAUAACGUAGCCACGAACACUCAAUGCGCCCAUCUGUUCUCGGAAACGGCCCAAGAUAUUAACCAGGUCGGUGCACUAGUUUUGAUGUUGAUUUCAGCCUAUCUGAGUCCUAUGCAUGAAUGCCCGGUCACCGCUUUCACAAUCUUGAAGAUGUUUGGUCUGGAGACUCCAGUUCGAAAAAUCCUUGGCGGUCAAGUAAACAAUCUAUGCAAUGUGCUCACGAUGGCCUCGUCUUUGCACAGUGCUUUUGAUCACUUCGAGUUCUGGUUGGAGGAGGUUCCCGGAGAGUCCAAUACUUACAAUGUUCAAGCUUCCAACGAUAUAUUUUUCCGGUAUGCGGAGCGGCCUCCUCGUCGUGUCAAGUUUCAACUAGAUCCGGAAAUGGUGGCGGACUUCAGAAAGCGAGGAUUGCCCCCUCCUGAACUGCCGGACCGAAACCUGAUAGCCAUUCGUGCGGCUUGUGCUCGUGUUGCAUACAAGUCUGGAGCCGCUGAGCAAAUCAACCAAGUAGCUCGAGAUCGAGACGACAUCAUGGUCAUAGCAGAAGACGGGAGCAAUGCAGAUUUUCUUAGCUCGGUGCUGUCGCAUAUUUCUACCAAUGUCUAAUGCAUGCUUGGAAGCCUUU